GUUCGGUUGGGACCCUUGCUGUUCUUGGAUUCUUGCAACAUUUUUCCCGCUUCCCUGGACGCGCUGAUAAAGGAUCUAGCCUCCACCGAGAGCGAUCCGGCCAAAGCCUUCCUGCUUCUGGCGGAAAGGCAUCCGCUCUUCAAAGACGCCGAGCCUCGCGUCUGGCAGCUGCUGCUGAAGAAGAUUCCCAUGCCGUUCGAGAAGUUGACGGGCCCGGAGUGCUGGUCAAUGCCCGCGCUGAUGCCGGACACGAGCUACUACGACAGCCGCCUGUCCGGACUCAAAUGCAGCGACGCUAAAUAUGAAGAUAUUCGCGAAAUCAUAGACUACUUUGCCUUUGAGAGUUUUGCGGAGUUCCAUGACGCGUACCUCCACACUGACAUGGCGCUCGCUGACAUUCUCGAGGCGUACCGCGAAGCUUUUUUCCAGCACUACGGUCUGGACCCGGCGUGCGUUAGCAAGCAAGAGCCGCUGGGGAUCAUCCACAGGCAAGAGAUCUACGACCUGACCCGUGCCAGCGUGCGCGGCGGGCUGUCAAAUCCCUUCCAGCCUUACGCUCGGGCGAACAACGCCGAGAUGGGAGAGGAGUUCAAAAGCUGCGAGCCCGUCAGUCACAUCUGCAAGUUCGAUGUGAACUCGCAGUAUCCAACGGUCAUGUCCCGCCCUCUGCCAGCUGAUGGGGGCAGGCUUCUGGAUCUGCCCGCCGAGAAGAAGCAGCGCCUCAAGCUGCUCUACGAGCUCUUGCAGAACACCGACUUCAACUCCAAGGACUACGUCUUGACGCGCCUGGUGAAAGUGACCUACUACGUGCCGCCUGAGGUCCACGACUUUGUUGACUGGGCUCCUCCAGCGCGCAUGCGAGUUGACACCUCGGAGCUGAGCGAGUACUCGCAGGAGCUGAUGCGGCGCCGCGGUUGGGACAAGGCGCCGGGCAACCUGAAGCUCAUGCCCUUUCUCGGGCCUCACGUUGAAGAGUCUCUACAGCUCCGCUUGCUGAAGUUCUACAUGGAGACGUUGCAGGUGCGCGUCUGCGAGGUUCACGCCGUCGUCGUCUUCAAGUGCAGACCCUUCAUGCGCCCCUUCAUCGAGGAGUGCUAUGGGAGGCGCCUCGCCUUGAAGCACAGUGGCCGCAAGCUGCAGGCCAACGUGUUGAAGACGACAAUGAACGUGCAGUUUGGCAAGAGCGUUCAGAACCAGGAGAAAUUCCGGAACGCCGACAUCUUUGUAGAUCGCCAGCGCUACGAGCGUCGCAUGGGAGGCCCUUUUGUUGUCGACUUCAACUCCUAUCCCUCCUCUGCGGGCUUCCUUGGUCUCAUCUUCAAGAAGAGAGCGAAUGGGAUGCUGCUGAAAUCCAUGCCACAGAUCGGUUCUUUCGUCCUCGACGAGGCGAGGCUGGACAUCAUGAAGUACCACUAUGCCAUGCGUAAGAUCUUUGACGGUGGUUUGGGCAGGCCUGUGGACCCAGACUACGGCGUGGAAGAGCGCUCGCGAGUGCGAGCCAUCUACACCGACACAGACUCCGACAUCGUGCAGAUCUUCUCCGAGGAGAAGCCAGCGGUCGUGCUGGCACGCGAGAACCUAGGCGGGAGCAGCCCCUGUUUCUGGGAUGUGGGCGGCGACGUCACAGAGGCGGAGACCUACCUGCUUGGAUUGGGAGCGAGUCCGGAGGCUGCGAGGAUGGCCGCGGAGCGUCGCGGCGAGCUGGGUGGCUUCGGCGACGAAGGAGCUCCGUUGACGAUCGUCGAAGUGGUGGCUCUGGGUCCAAAGUGCUACAGCGAGUACCUCUGCGACUCUCGGCAGUACUUUCACAAGUUCAAGGCCAAGGGCUUUGCGAAGCAGCACCGCAACCUGCUCGACCACGAGAGCUAUCGCAGAGCGUGGAUGGACGGGCGCCCCGGCGCUGCGGUGACCUCGUACCACUUCCAGUCCCGCAAUCAUGUCGUGAACUUGGUCGAGGUGCAGAGGCUUGGCUACCUGUGCCUCGAGCGGCGCGGAGAGAUCGUCGUGGGAGCGAUCAGAGGGCUGGAGUACUACCGCUCAUCCUGA